CAUCAGCUCAGUUACUUUUUGGACGGCCAGCUGGGAGGAGGUGAAAUGGAGGUGACCGGCGAAAGCAGGGUGGAGAAUAUCGGUCACAAUCUUAUUCUAAAGGGUCGCGGUGCAGGUCGCACCGGCCGUCUGGAGGGCUCUCUCGUGGUGGACCAGAUCCACCCGCUACAGAACGCACUGACUGCCAAGGUGCUGGUGGACCCCACUGAGGAUGGGCGCGCUUUCAAGGCCUCCGCCGUGUGGCCCGACAAUCGCCUCGCGCUGGAGGGUGACAUGCACUUCACGUCCGCGAGCGACUUUGGCGUGGGCCUGCAGUUCCUCUCACCGUUCGAGGCCGUCAAGGACGCAGGUCUGAUGGUCAAACACAAGUUCGUCCAGGACGCGUGGCAAGACCUUGGGUGGAAGGUUCAGUCGGAGGCGCGCGUGGCCUGGCUGCUCGACAACGCGAUGGCCCUGACGCUGGACGCCGACCUCGACUCGCUCAGCGCGUUCGACGCGCGCGCCGAGCUGAGCCUGCCGCUGCCGCGCUGGAACCGGGCGUCGGUGAGCCUGCGGAACAGGCCGCAGCCCGACGUGCGCGGUCUGUCCACCGGCUUCGAGGCUGCCAUCGCCGGACAUAAGCUGGCGCUGACCGCGGACGGCUCUCUGGGCGUCCUCCCCUCCGACAAGCGGUACGGCACGGUGACGCUGACGCUGCCGGCUGGCCCCGUCCAGCAGCUGACGGUGGCCGCUAGUGUGCAGCGGUCGAAGCCCGGGGUAUACGAGACCUUCUUCUCGCCCGUCUGGAGACUACGCGACGGUACCUCGCAGGAGAUCCGCCUGACGAGCGUGGUGGAUCUGGGCACGUCCGGCGCGGGCUCGCUGCAGGCCAACCUGCGCCUGCUGACGCCGUGGCUAGACAUGCUGUUCCUGGAGCUGCACCACGCGCCCACCUCACCGGGCGACUUCGUCACACGCUUGGUGGGCUCGCUCGGACGGCAGAGUGUGCACCUCAGGGGACAGCUGAUGGGUCUGAGAGAACAGAAGGGGUACAAGUUUCUGCUGAACACGACAUCUAAUAUCCAGUUCAUACCCGCGUUCGAUGCUAUGACAACGGUAGUAACCUACCCCAGUUACCGGAUGAUGUUUUCUGCUUGGACGCCAAAAGAGUACCGUCUGACGGUAACGAGCGAUCGCAGCACGGCGGCCAGCACAGUGAUCGAGACCGAGCUCCGGACGCCACUGAGCGGGGUCGAGCUCGUCAGGGCCAGGGUUGAGCUGGAGCAGCGCUCCGAGGAGCGGGCGCUGUCGGCCGAGGUGACUCUGCCCAGCCGCGAACAGAUCAGAGUCAGCGGCACCCUGGCGCCCAUGGACCUCCGGCUUUCCGUCACGACACCCUUCGACGGCAUUCGGACCGGGUCGCUCCGCCUCUCGAUGGGGGUCGUCGCUGAGCGACUGAACCCCGUUCUGCGGAUAUCUUGGGACAGAUACAAGGUUGAACUGAUCGGUACCGCUAUUCCCGGUGAAGAUGACAGCCGUCCGACGCAGGUGACGGGGUCACUCCUCAUCGACGUUCCCGUGGGUCCGCGCGUCACCGGCAACUUCCAGCUCAGUGAGCACGCCGGCUCGCGAGGGCUCGUCUACGACCUGACAGCGGCAUCGACGGUCGAUCAAAACAGCUACCAGAUGGAGGGGCAAAUCUUCACCGGCGCGCAGAAGGCCGGCUUCGACAUCCGGACGACCUCCAGUGACCCCUCGGCGCACAUAUCGGCCGCGGUUGUCGUCACGGUCAACGCCGUGCCCGGCGUGGUGGGGCUUCGCGUCCAGCUGAACACGCCCCACGAACCCAUCCGAGACGUCUCGCUCAGCGUCGAGUACAAGACCGGCACCGACGGCCGCCAGCUGGGCGCCAAGCUGCGCCACCCGCAGCUGACGGCGGAGCUGGGCUCGCGGCUGGCGCUCGUCUCCUGGCGCCACUUCCACGUCGGCCUGAACGGCAAGCUGAACAUGGGUCAGCUGGACCUGCGCCGGUCGGUCAGUACGCGGUGCGGAGGCCAUACUCGGGCGCCCUGCGUCUGGUGCGUCGCCGGCUCGGCUCCGAGUGGGAGGUCACCGCGCGCGGCUCGCUGACGCCCCGCGACAGACGCUGGGACGCGUCGCUCAACCUCACGCUGCCCAUCGACGGCUACAAGGCCGUGCGCAUGGAUGCCGAGUUCACUCAGCCGUCCAGCGCCGUGUAUCGGGUCAGGACAACGGCCAAGAUUGACCCCGAGUCGAGUUUCUACCAGCGCACUUCGCACAGGCUGGCUGUGAACGCAGACCUCAGCAGCCUGCCGGCGGUGAGCGGCGAACUCAGCUACCUUCACCGCGACCUGGACGAUGACCUG